AUGUCACAACUCCCUCAGUUUUUGAUUCGUCAAGAAACGCCUCAAGACCACCAAGCAGUCUUUGAACUCAUUGAAGAGGCCUUCCGAGAUCUUGAGGUCAGUGAUCAUCAAGAGCAGUUUCUCGUUGAAAGACUCCGAUUCUCUCCUUCGCACUUUAUACCUCAACUCUCCUUGGUUGCCCAUACUUUAGAUGGCCAAAUUAUUGGGCACAUACUCUUAACAAAAUGUCACAUCAAUUACACAAAUGAUCGAUUGGAAUCCUUGGCCCUUGCUCCUCUUUCUGUAAAACCAGGAUAUCAAAGAAAAGGAAUCGGAGCAGCUCUUAUCAAAGAGGCUCACAAAAUUGCAACAGAAUUAGGAUUUACCUCUGUCAUUGUUGUUGGACAUGCAGAAUAUUAUCCUAAAUUCGGAUAUCAACCUACCAAACAAUUUGGAAUUACAUUUCCCUUUGAAGUUCCUGAUGAAUGUGGUAUGGUUAUCGAAUUACAAAAAGGUGCUUUGAAAUCUGGAGGCAUUGUUGAGUAUGCACCUGAAUUUCAACUUGUCUAA